GUGGAGUUUGUAUCGGUAGGUUUAGCGCCACACCACUGGCUGCGGCUCUGGAGUGUUUGUAGCUCCUGGUGGUCUUGGGCGGCUCUGCAGGAACUGAAGAGGGUACGUCAGCGUAUUCAGCAUACGUGUGGGGUAGGAUGGCAAGGAAUGGAUAGGAGACAACCAAACAGCAUCUGUACAUGAAGGAAGAUGGUCUAACGCUUUGUCGGAUAUGAAGAGUCAUCAGUCCCACGGCAGCACCUCCUCGAAGGCCCAUGACAGUGCUUCCUGUUCACAGUCUCAAGGCGGCUUCAGCCAGUCCCAAGGCACCCCCUCUCAGUUGCACGACCUCUCACAGUAUCAGGGUGCAUCCAGUUCCUCCACCAGCACAGUGCCAUCCUCCAGCCAGUCUUCCCACUCCAGCUCUGGGACCCUGAGCUCUUUAGAGACCGUGUCUACUCAGGAACUCUGUUCUAUUCCUGAGGACCAAGAACCGGAAGAGCCUGGACCUACUCCUUGGGCUCGGCUAUGGGCUCUUCAGGAUGGAUUCUCGAAUCUAGACUGUGUUAAUGACAACUACUGGUUCGGGAGGGAUAAAAGCUGUGAAUAUUGCUUCGAUGGACCACUGUUGAAAAGGACGGAUAAGUACCGGACUUACAGCAAGAAGCACUUUCGCAUCUUCAGGGAAAUGGGCCCUAAGAAUUGUUACAUUGUAUACCUAGAAGACCACAGUGGAAAUGGAACCUUUGUAAAUACAGAGCUUAUCGGGAAAGGAAAACGCUGUCCUUUGAGUAACAACUCUGAAAUCGCACUUUCACUGUGUAGAAAUAAAGUUUUUGUAUUUUUUGAUCUGACUGUAGAUGACCAGUCAGUUUAUCCUAAGGAAUUAAGAGACGAAUACAUCAUGUCAAAAACUCUUGGAAGCGGUGCUUGUGGGGAGGUAAAGAUGGCCUUUGAGAGGAAAACGUGUAAGAAAGUGGCCAUAAAGAUCAUCAGCAAGCGGAGGUUCGCCCUUGGCUCAUCGAGAGAAGCCGACACAGCUCCCAGUGUGGAAACUGAAAUAGAAAUUUUGAAGAAGCUGAAUCAUCCGUGCAUCAUCAAGAUUAAAGAUGUCUUUGAUAUGGAAGAUUAUUACAUUGUUCUGGAACUGAUGGAAGGAGGAGAAUUGUUUGACCGUGUGGUGGGGAACAAACGCCUGAAGGAAGCCACCUGCAAGCUCUAUUUCUACCAGAUGCUUUUAGCUGUACAGUACCUUCACGAAAAUGGGAUCAUACAUCGGGACCUAAAGCCAGAGAACGUUCUUCUGUCAUCUCAGGAAGAGGACUGUCUUAUCAAGAUCACUGAUUUUGGACAGUCCAAGAUCUUGGGGGAGAGCUCCCUGAUGAGAACUCUAUGUGGUACACCCACUUAUCUGGCUCCUGAGGUCCUUAUCUCCAAUGGGACUGCUGGGUACAGCCGGGCCGUCGACUGCUGGAGCCUAGGAGUCAUUCUUUUCAUCUGCCUAAGUGGGUAUCCACCUUUCUCUGAGCAUAAGACCCAAGUGUCACUGAAGGAUCAGAUCACCAGUGGAAAGUACAACCUUAUUCCGGAAGUCUGGACAGAUGUCUCAGAGAAGGGUAUGGAUACGAAAGGGUUACAGGCGUCUGGUCUAACUGACGCGUGGGUGUCCUGUUGGUGGGAGCGUCUCCUCAGACUGCUGGUUUUCUCCCAUCUGGUCAUUCUGUUGCUUUGCACCACUUGACAGGAAGAGGACAUGAUUAAGAAUUUGGGCUUCAGAGCCUGAGCGUAUGUCCUAGGUCUGCUACUUGUCAGUUGUGUGCCCUUGGGCAAGUUAUUUCAUGUUUUUGAGUCUCUGUUUUCUCAAUUUGUAAACAAAUGAUCAAUAGCCCUGACGCAAA